UAGAAGCUGCUCCCUACCAGGAGCGCCCGGACCGCGCCGUGUGAACGUUGACUGCGCGGUUUGGUUCUCGCGCCGCCCCGUAGCCGUCGCUAUGGAGACGGGCCUAGCGGCCUGCCCCAGCGCAGCGCACGGGAGGCGCCUGGAGCCACCGGCCUGGCCCUGAGCGCGCCCCGCGGGAUGAGGCAGGAGCGGGGUGCCCAGAGCCGCCUCUCACUGCGGGGAGAAGGGUCUCCCCCUCCACACUCACUGAACACCUGAGCCGGAUAAGGAGGAGAAAGAAAGGGACUCAGGAUGACAUGUUCUGGCAGAUCCUGCAAGCCAGUUCUGCAUCGGACAGUGAGCACAGGGCCGGGAGGAUGAACAUUGCGGACAGCUUGGAGAAGGAUAGAGUGGAGAGGAGAAAGAUGAACAUCUGCAACAAACCUCCUAAUAAGACAGCUCCAGAAAAGGAGGGUGAAACAACUGCUGAAGUCCAAUCUCAGCACUCCCGAAGGAAUGGCUGGAGCUGGCCGCUACAUCCCUUCCAGAUUAUUGCCUGGCUGUUAUAUCUCUUCUUUGCUCUGAUUGGUUUUGGAAUCCUUGUGCCUCUCUUGCCUCACCACUGGGUGCCUGCUGGAUACAUUUGUCCAGGAGUGUUUUUUAUCUGCCACCUAGUGGUUCAUUUCACUGCAGUCUCCAUUGAUCCAGCUGAUGCCAGUGUGCGAGAGAACAAGUACCUAGGGCAGCUGACCACUUUCAGCCGUGACCAACAUUUCCAUGUCAUUGAAAACCGUCACUGCCACGUCUGUGAUGUGGAUGUAAGCUCCAAGUCGAAACACUGUGGAACCUGCAACAAGUGUGUAUGUGGCUUUGAUCAUCAUUGCAAAUGGCUUAAUAACUGCGUGGGGGAGAGGAACUACUGGCUCUUUUUGAACAGCGUGAUAUCUGCCAUCCUGGGCCUCGUCCUCCUAUUGUUCAUUGCGUUCUAUGUCCUUGUGGAGUUCUUCGUUAACCCCAUGAUGCUGCGCACCAACCAGCACUUUGAAGUAUUAAAGAACGACACGGACAUCUGGUUUGUGUUUCUACCUGCAGCUCCCAUCGAGACCCAAGCUCCUGCCAUUUUGGUCUUAGCUGGGAUUCUCAUUCUUCUGGGCCUGUUGACUGUGAUCCUGUUAGGCCACCUGCUGAUCUUUCACAUCUAUCUUAUGUGGAACAAAUUGACCACCUAUGAGUACAUUGUGCAGCAGCGACCCCGACAAGAGAUGAAAGAGGUCAACAAACAGCUGGAGUCUUGUCCUCCCCCGGUGAGGCCCACUCAGGAAGUGGAUUUUUAUGCAGGAAACCUUGGCUACACCAACCCUGAGAUACAGGUGGAAGACUUGUCAACAGUGACAUCAGGCAGAGAGGGUGUGCACUUGCCUUUGGAAUACAUGGAAGCUCCACAGGCAGGUCUGAGAACAUGACUGGGAUCGGAGAGCUUUCAGAUAGAAGCAGGAAGCAACUGGGUAUCUGAGACUGCCUUACCAUGAAAAGGGCUCUGCUGUCCUGAGAGUUUGCCACCCAACUCUCAUUAGAUUUUUACCUGUCCUUGGGCACCAUGUCAUGAAACCUCUGCAGUACAGCAUGUUGACAGAAAACUGCCCUGGGUAAGAAGCGGUGAUCUUUACUGCCUGGCUGGUUAAUAUAAACACAUGAGGAAAAUACUCUUUACUUCUGCCGUAGGGGUCAACUGGCAGAGACGACUUCUUCGUAUCCAAGUAUCUUUUAGUGAAACUGUAGGGGAUUCUAUCCUUCCAUCAUGCACUGUGACGAGGUUGCACCUCCCUUCAUGCCUUCCAGCUGUUCUCUCUGAAUGAUGGCAGUGCCAUCCAACAUCUACCUCCAGAAGAGACAGGCAUGACCUAGUAGUCUGAGCUUGGGCCUGGGAGCCAGGAACUUCUGCAUUCUAAUCUUGGCUCUGAUGCUGAUUCACUCUGUGGCCUUGGACGAGUGACUUAACUUUUGUACAUCAGUCUCCCUACCUGUAAAUUGGGGAUAAUAGUCACCUAGCUCACAGGGGUGCCAUGAUGAUUAAUGAGUUAGGGUUUGUAUAGUGCUUUGAAGGCAGAAGAGUGCUCGGUACUCUUAUUCUAUAUGGUGGGGCUGAACCCUGAUUUCUAUAUCUGAGGUGCUUUUGAUUCUCUUUGCCUAACAAGUUUCCCCACA